GAUGGGCAGAACCAGCGCUUCCCUCAGGCACUAGACCUGUCACAAGUGGACUUAGUUCCCUCUCAUCCUACUUCACUCUACCCUAAGAACACAGAUCUGUUUGAGAUGAUUGAAAAGAUGCAGGGAAGCAGGAUGGACGAACAGCGAUGCUCCUUCCCGCCACCCCUCAAAACAGAGGAGGACUAUAUUCCCUACCCGAGCGUCCAUGAGGUCCUGGGGCGAGAAGGGCCCUUCCCCCUCAUCCUGCUGCCCCAGUUUGGGGGCUAUUGGAUCGAGGGCACCAACCAUGAAAUCACCAGCAUCCCCGAGACAGAGCCACUGCAGUCACCCACCACCAAGGUGAAGCUGGAGUGUAACCCCACAGCCCGCGUCUACCGGAAGCACUUUCUUGGCAAGGAGCACUUCAACUACUACUCACUGGACACUGCCCUCGGCCACCUGGUCUUCUCACUCAAGUAUGAUGUCAUUGGGGAUCAAGAGCACCUGCGGCUACUGCUCAGGACCAAGUGCCGGACAUACCACGAUGUCAUCCCCAUCUCCUGCCUCACUGAGUUCCCUAAUGUGGUCCAGAUGGCAAAGCUGGUGUGUGAAGACGUCAAUGUGGAUCGAUUCUACCCUGUGCUCUACCCCAAGGCUUCCAGGCUCAUCGUCACCUUUGAUGAGCAUGUCAUCAGCAAUAACUUCAAGUUUGGAGUCAUUUAUCAGAAGCUCGGGCAGACCUCAGAGGAAGAACUCUUCAGUACCAACGAGGAGAGCCCAGCCUUCGUGGAGUUCCUGGAGUUCCUGGGUCAGAAGGUCAAACUGCAGGACUUCAAGGGGUUCCGAGGAGGCCUGGACGUGACCCAUGGGCAGACGGGGACCGAGUCUGUGUACUGCAACUUCCGCAACAAGGAGAUCAUGUUUCACGUGUCCACCAAGCUGCCCUACACAGAAGGGGACGCCCAGCAGUUGCAGCGGAAGAGACACAUCGGGAACGACAUCGUCGCUGUGGUCUUCCAGGAUGAGAACACGCCCUUCGUGCCCGACAUGAUCGCAUCCAACUUCCUGCAUGCCUAUGUGGUGGUGCAGGCUGAGGGUGGGGGCCCUGAUGGUCCGCUCUAUAAGGUCUCGGUCACUGCAAGGGAUGAUGUGCCCUUCUUUGGGCCCCCGCUUCCGGACCCUGCGGUGUUUAGGAAGGGGCCUGAGUUCCAGGAAUUUUUGCUGACGAAGCUGAUCAAUGCUGAAUACGCGUGCUACAAGGCUGAGAAGUUUGCCAAACUGGAGGAGCGGACGCGCGCCGCCCUGCUAGAGACGCUCUACGAGGAGCUGCACAUCCACAGCCAGUCCAUGAUGGGCCUGGGCGGCGACGAGGACAAGAUGGAGAACGGCGGCGGCGGGGGCGGCUUCUUCGAGUCUUUCAAGCGGGUCAUCCGGAGCCGGAGCCAGUCCAUGGAUGCCAUGGGACUAAGCAACAAGAAGCCUAACACCGUGUCCACCAGCCACAGUGGAAGCUUUGCACCCAACAACCCUGACCUGGCCAAGGCUGCUGGAAUAUCAUUGCUUAUUCCUGGGAAAAGCGCGAGUAGAUUCGGACGCCGGGGCAGUGCCAUAGGCAUAGGAACCGUGGAGGAGUCACUGAUUGUCCCUGGGAAGAGCCCCACAAGGAAGAAGUCGGGCCCGUUUGGCUCCCGCCGCAGCAGCGCCAUCGGGAUCGAGAACAUCCAGGAGGUGCAGGAGAAGAGGGAGAGCCCUCCGGCUGGCCAGAAGACCCCGGACAGCGGGCACGUCUCCCAGGAGCCCAAGUCGGAGAACUCGUCCACCCAGAGCUCCCCGGAGAUGCCCACCACCAAGAACAGGGCGGAGACCACAGCCCAGAGAGCAGACGCUCUGAAGGACUUCUCCCGCUCCUCGUCCAGCGCCAGCAGCUUCGCCAGCGUGGUGGAGGAGACGGAGGGCGUGGACGGGGAGGACACGGGCCUGGACAGCGUCUCGUCCUCAGGGACACCCCACAAGCGGGACUCGUUCCUCUACAGCACGUGGCUGGAGGACAGCGUCAGUACAACCAGCGGGGGCAGCUCCCCAGGCCCCUCACGGUCACCCCACCCAGACGCCGGCAAGUCGGGGGACCCUGCAUGUCCCGAGAUCAAGAUCCAGCUGGAAACGUCUGAGCAGCACCUGCCGCAGCUGGGCUGUUAGCCGCCCGCCCGGAAGGUGCAGCUAAGCAGAUGAGGCCACAGAAGCACAAGGUGAAGAUUCUGUGUCAAGCCAGGCAGCUGGGACCUCUGCCCUCAAGGCCGCCGGCCCUGGAGCUGCCCGGCCUCCCAGCCCUCCCCUUGGCCCACCCCCCUGGGCUGUCUCUGCAGGGCGGAGCCAUCCAGACCUGGGUGGGGAAGCUGCUGGCACCACCCUGUCCCCCAGGCUGGAGGUCUGGGCUUGGCCAGGGAUUGGUCAGUGAAGCAGGACUGCAGGUCUAGCUAGCCUCCCCCCUGGGUCUCUGUCACCCCUGGGUGCCCCCCUGGACUUAGGGGGGCAGGGUGGGAGAGGCAGAUUGGGAGAGGUCAGUGCACACAGAGCCUACCAGGUAGGCGGCAAGACACGAGACGUGUGGAGUGGGCACUGGGCUGGGCGUCCUGGCUUCUGAUUGGGGUUUGGCUGUGUGACACUGCGCAAGUCACUCACCUUCUCUGGGCAUCUGCUACAACUGGACACGAUUAUUUCAGAGGUCACUGAAGACUGGUUCCACCACCUGCACCAGAAGGGGGAAUGUGUCCCCCAGAACCUCCCAUCACACUAAUCUGCUUCUUGGGGUCCCUGAGGCCCCAGGUGGGCUAAUGGCAGGGAGGUGGCUGUGCUCAUUACCCCUCCUGGAGCCUCAGCCUGGCACAGAUCUGCUGUGCCCUGUCCACUGCCUACACGUGACAGAAAAGUGACCCCUUGUGGGGGGGCACCUGGCUCCUCCAGCCCAGCUUAACCCCUGCUGUCCUGCGCUCCUGAGCACCCAAGGCUGAGGGGUCUCAGCUGGCCUGGAGCUGCGGGCCUUGCCACCCCCCGCCCACUGCUGUGGAGGGGUCAGCCAGGCACAGCUGCUGUGAGUCCCUGUCCUCGUGUGUCUGUCCACACUUUUAGGUGCCACGCCAAAGGCCAGCCUCCGGCCCACCACCCACUUUGGAAGCCCCAGUGGCUGUGUGUA